AAUAAUUUUCGGUUGUGUUGGUAGUUCAGGAGUGUCAGCGCAUCUCUUUUGCAACUCGGAUUCCUUUCUGAUCGGAAAUGGCGCAAAAGCUUAAUUUGGAUAAUCUCGCCGUCUCUGCGGACGUUUACCGCUCAAGUUUCCCCUCAACCUUCACCUUCGGCGUCGCCACUUCGGCUUACCUGAUCGAAGGAGGCUGGAACGAAGGUAAAAAGGGGCCAAACAUAUGGGAUAAGUUCACUCAUCUUCAAGGAAAAGUUCUUGAUGGAAGUAAUGGCGAUGUCGCUGUGGAUCAUUACCAUAGAUAUAAGGAAGACAUUGAGCUUAUAGGAGCAUUAGGAUUCACCGCUUACCGAUUUUCCAUUUCUUGGUCUCGCAUUUUCCCUGAUGGUUUGGGAACUGAAGUCAAUGAAGAAGGCAUUGCUUUCUACAAUAAUAUUAUCAAUUCCCUUCUUGAAAAGGGCUAUCAGCCGUUCGUCACUCUUUACCAUUGGGAUCUCCCCCCACAUCUCCAGGAAUCCAUCGGGGGUUGGACAAAUAGGAAAAUUGUAGAUUAUUUUGGCCUCUAUGCAGAAGCUUGUUUUGCCAAUUUUGGUGAUAGAGUGAAGCACUGGAUUACAUUAAAUGAACCACUUCAGACCUCGGUGAAUGGACACUGCAUUGGGAUAUUUGCUCCUGGAAGAAAUGAAAAGCCCUUGAUCGAGCCUUAUUUGGUCUCACAUCAUCAAGUUUUGGCUCAUGCAACUGCUGUUUCAGUAUAUAGAAGCAAGUACAAGGAAAGUCAAGGCGGACAAAUUGGUUUGUCGGUUGAUUGUGAGUGGGCAGAAGCAAAUUCGGAGAAAAUGGAGGACAAGGUUGCUGCUGGUAGGAGAAUUGACUUUCAACUUGGAUGGUUCUUGGAUCCUUUGUUUUUUGGAGACUACCCUGCAAGUAUGCGCCAGAAACUUGGAGAUAAUCUUCCUACAUUUACUCCGGAAGAGAAGGAGUUUAUGCUUCAGAACUCAUGGGACUUUCUUGGCAUAAACCACUACACUUCGAGGAUAAUUGCUCAUGUCUCAAACAACGAAGCUGAGAGUGACUUUUACAAAGCACAAGAAUUGGAGAGGAAUGUUGAAUGGGAAGAUGGAGAGCCUAUAGGCGACAGGGCAGCUUCGGAUUGGCUUUACAUUGUGCCUUGGGGAAUCCGAAAGACUCUGAAUUAUGUCAGCCAAAAAUACAACCACCCUUCAAUAUUUAUUACUGAGAAUGGCAUGGAUGAUGAAGAUGACGGAUCUGCCUCUAUCCAUGAUAUGCUCGACGAUAAGCGUAGAGUUGCCUAUUUCAAGAGUUACCUUGCCAAUGUCGCGGAGGCUAUCAAAGACGCAUGGUCGUUGCUGGACAACUUCGAGUGGGCGCAAGGUUUCACCAAGAGAUUCGGUUUGGUAUAUGUCGACUACAAGAAUGGUUUAACCCGUCACCCAAACUCUUCUGCCUAUUGGUUCAUGAAGUUUCUUAAAGGUGAUGAAGACAACAAAGGUAAAAAGGAAUGAAAAACAGAGAAAGGAAUGAAAAAGCUACUAUAACAUUUACGCGAUUUGCGCUGUGUUAUUAUAAAUUUGUACCAAAGAGAUUAGUCGAUGAUGGUGGUGGUAUAAAAUCAUUACAAAACAAAUGACUUAUGCCAUUCUUUGGUUUAAAGCUCUUAUUCUGACUAAGUUUAUCUGCUUUAUAUAUGCAUUAUCACGUCAAAAAGAUAUUUACUAAACGUGGCUUUCUAUGGAUUUGGCCAUGGAUAUUAUAGUUACAGAAUAUUCAUGGUCUAUACGUUAAUGUGGAAAGGAGAUUAAAUCUAUAAUAAUAAAGCAGAGUUUUGACUCAAUCGUCUCUCUCGAGCCUACAAAAAAAUUCCAGAAAAAAUUGACCAAUCAGAACAUUUAACCACGUCACUUAAGCAAUCGCUUUUUUCAUCUCGCUUCGUCUUCGUCUCCUUAAGCUAUCAGUUCCUUUUCCCCAAUACCUUUUUCAGUUACACAGAUUCUAUCAUAUCCUAUCUAUAAAUUGCAUCAUUUCACUUCGUCUUCUUCCAAACUUUGCUUCUCUCUCGCCUAAUUAUGGGGUUAGACUGGGAGAUCGAAUCAUUUUGAUGCUCUUUUUACUGCUGAAUCUCGUGCUCUGUCUGGAAAGUAAGGAUCCAUUCUGCAAAAGUAUCUCCAGUCAUGCACAUCACCGACCUUACUGUGAAUCAGGAGAAUUCCGGCUGUUGUGGAAUAUGUACUCAGUGGACAUCUGUUUAAGCUUCAUAUCCAAAAGAUGUACCGUUGCAUUUGCAAUCUCUGGUAUCAGAUUCCUAACCAUGGAGAACCUUUUUCAGAUGAAGCUAUAUAUCUAUGUAAUAAGUCGCAAGAUCAUGCAGAGAGAUGUAGAGAUUGAAGUUGAAACCGUGGAUUGAAUCGGUAUGUUCCACGGAUCAAUGUGGGAGUUGAAGCACAUAUUCUUGAACAGGCAUAGAGAUAUGCUACAAAUGUCUUUAGUUAAAGAUUAUCCUCUGUUUUAAAGCGUUACUUGCCAAACGUUUUUUGAUCUUUUACAGAUGUGGGAGAAUUAUGUUUUUCUUUUUUUUUUGAAAAGGGGCUUAAGAAUUAUGUUUAAGGACAAGAAGUAUCAAACCGGAAGUACAACCGUAGAAACCAGGAAAAAUGAGACCUUUGUGAAUAUCUCUUUAGCACUACUCAAAUAGUUUUUAUAUAUGAAUAUCUCAUUUUAGUUUUGUAAGGAAGACAUAAUAAACAGAGGGUCUGAAACAGAUGUUAUUACUUGCGUCCA